AUGCGAUAGCCUGGCAAGGUGAAGCAGGAUUUUGGUAAGUGGUAUGUGGUAUUCUCAAUGGCUUGCGGUGCCCACAGAGAGUGAGAGAGAGAGUGAGAGAGACCGAGAGGGAUAGAGAGAGAGAGGCGCGGACCUGCAAAACAUGGUAAUCAUCACCGCCACCACCUCAAGCUCUGCCGCGCGCUCUCCCAUUUCUACUCCUCUGCACUGGGGCUCUCGUCUCAUGCCUACAGCCCUGAUCUGCGUUCCAAAAAUAAUCCCCUGCCAGCAUGCCGAAGGAAGAAAAACAAGAAGAGUGGUAUUUUUAGGGCCAUUGACCACGUGCCCCGAAGGUAAACCGGAUGGCCAUUGCGCAAAGGCUCCUCAUCAGUAUGUCCUACGAGGCCAGCACGCACUGGACGUUGACUACGAUUGUUCUCUUGGGGUGCCUAGUGGGGAUUUUGUCAUCAUAUCCUAUUCCAAGCAGGACAAAUGCAACUUUAUUGGAGAAAAGAUGGGAGACCCUCUUCUCCCGCUCCAUUCUGGGCAUCUCGGGGGAGAAAUCGGACCUGAACUGGGAGAGUGACUAUUUGCUGGGUAUCAAAAGAGUGCGGAGGCUCUACUGCAACGUGGGCAUCGGGUUUCACCUUCAGGUCCUCCCAGACGGCAGGAUAAAUGGUGUACAUAAUGAGAACCAGUACAGUCUAAUAGAGAUCUCAACGGUAGAGCGAGGAGUGGUUAGCUUGUAUGGGGUGAGAAGUGAGCUGUUUGUCGCAAUGAAUAGCCGAGGAAGGUUAUACGGAACGACAGUCUUCCACGAUGAGUGCAAGUUCAGAGAGAGCUUGCUGCCAAACAACUACAAUGCCUAUGAGUCUUCUGUUUACAGAGGCUCCUACAUCGCCCUCAGCAAAUAUGGCCGCCGGAAGAGAGGCAACAAGGCCACGACCGCCAUGACUGUCACACACUUCCUCCCCCGAACAUGAGAAAAGAAAUCGCAAUAAGUCACUUAUUUGCACAUACGGAUUGUUUUCCAGGUAACAUUAUAUGUAUACAUGCGUACACCAAUACAAAUGAACUGCAAAAGAAAUACCACUGUAUAUGAUAGUAGUUAUUCAGUCUUUAUAUGUAUAUUUCGGGAGCUUUCUUUGUAUUAGAACAUAUGGAUAUGCCCUUCAUUGCUGCUUAUUAUUUAAAUCAGUACUAUAUACGGGGUCGAGAAGCUUCAUCUGUCCGCUUCACUUUAUAUGGGUGCUUGCCAAAACUGGCGGAGACAUUGCCCUGUCAGUGGAUGACAGUUAAGCUCCGCCCAGCCUGGCCUCUAGAAGUGAAAUGGAUACUUUUUAUUACCUCAAAGCACCACGUCCCUGAAUGAGAAAAAAAAAAAAAAACGUGUGCAUGAAAUUUCAGAGAAGAAUGCCUGUUUACUUUGAACUUUUGUCACUAUCCGUCACGGACUAGAUGUGUCAACGUUGCGUGUCGGCUGCGUGUCAACGCUGUAUCGUGGCCUAGCAAGGGGCAAGCAGAGCACUCACCAAAUGUUCCGCUUUGUGAUGAGGUGGUGGGUGCCUUGGAUUCCUCCAUGCCGCCCCUUCCAUUGCAUGCGAGAUACGCGCCCCUCAGUCAGAAAUAGGGAUGACGCGCAAGUCAUCCCUCCCUCGGACCCCCCGGGGGGCCUUAGCCCAAUUCCUAGAGGGCCACAAGUAUCUUCAGUUGAUUUUCUUUCCAGAAUUAGAUCAAUUAAGUAAUUGAGACUCUGUCGGACCGCCCCCGGGGGGCCCGGAGGAGUCUUAUCGCCAUCGGUGUGGGAAGAUUGAACUGUAUGUCCCCCCCACCCUAGGGGGGGCUUUGACAAUCCCAGCUUUUAUGAGGCUUAAGAUGGUCAGUAUGGAUUGAAAUGUGUCUGGUCUUGGACCGACUGGGAGCCUGCUGUAUCGAUCAAACAGUUUGAUUUGAUGCGGGUUGAUACAAGUCUGGUCUUGGACCGACUGGGAGCCUGCUGUAUCGAUCAAACAGUUUGAUUUGAUGCGGGUUGAAACAAGUCUGGUCUUGGAGCGACUGGGAGCCUGCUGUAUCGAUCAAACAGUUAGAUUUGAUGCGGUUUGAAACGUGUCUGGUCUUGGACUGACUGGGAGCCUGCUGUAUUGAUCAAACAGUUAGAUUUGGGUUGAAAUGUGUCUGGUCUUGGCCCGAUUGGGAGACUGCUGUAUCGAUCAAACAGUUUCAUUUGAUAUGGGUUGAAAAGUUUUGUGCGCUGGAUUGAGAAAUGUAAGCAAUUACAGUAUCUCCAUUUCUGCGGUAAAUGUUGCGCUGCAUAAGUAGGGCUUGUUUUCAUGUGCACUCUGGAAAUAAAGGUCUGCUAAAUUAAUUUGAAGUAAUGUAAAUAUUCCUGUACACAUUUUUGAGAAGCGUUGCCUAUUUUAUGCAACUGAGAUUUGCGAAUAAUAUUUCAGGUAACGCAAUCUGGCUAUAAAAUCAAUUAUCUGAUAUUUAGAUAAUGACGAUUGUAGUCAUAGGGACCUGUUUCUCUCUUUCAUAGCUCAAACCGAUCAUUAAGUUGUACGGUCACAUGUGGAAGAAACAUAAAAAGCAAUGUCUCCAGGCAAUUCACCAAAGGCUUACAGUAGUAAAGUUUGUGCUUUGUACAGUAUUGCAGCAUACUUGAAGUCGUUGUCGCUUGCUCUUACUGAAUACUGUUUCUGUAAUAUAGGACAACAUAUACAGGGCUGUACUGACAUACAGUAGAGGACGUAUGGGGCCGUGCAUGGGGCACCCAUGGUUGUUUCAACCUACUGAGGACGCAGAUCAUGUUGGACAAAUUACUCUCCAAAUACCUGAGCAGACCCCCCC